UUACAUCCAUUGCAUCCCUCUCUCUGCACUCCUGGUUGCCUCUUCUUUUUUUUAUAUUUCCCCCUCCUAACUGACCAUCUGCCUCCCUGCACAGACUCACAGGGGCUCCUCUCGAACUUUUCUACAAAGUUUGACUUUAUUUGUUGACUUUUUAUUUUUAUUUUCUCUCUCUCUCUCUCUGUCUGUCUGCGUCUGUCUGUGCGCUCGUCUGUGUGCGCACCGCUCAUCCAUUUGCGCACCCGUCCACUGCGUCCUGACAAAUUUUCAGAGAACCGGGAGCACGUGACAGUCCCCGAACCUCGACUUAUUUAUUUAUUUAUUUAUUUUCGUUUAUUUCUUUGUUUUUGAUUUUUUGCCUCUGGAACAGAACCAAUAUGAAAUUGCUGGUCGACUCCUCCUCUUCGCUGCUCUUCUCGCUGCUAUUGGCACAACUGCCCGUGUUCACUUCUGCCUCACCUGUACCUCACCGGCGCUCCAGCGACCUGGACAAACUGUCCAAUCAGACCAGAAACCUCAUGAAGCUCACCCAAGAGCUGCUGAAGGAGCACGCGUUCGACUCGGAUGUGGAGUCGCACAGGUUCAGAUCUCUGCCCGAAAUGAGCAACAGAUCAGCCAAUGACCUCAGCAAUCUUGAGCUGAAGCCCACACUGUCCCAGCUCCACGCUGACCUGAAGCUCUACGAGCACCACUUCGAGUGGCUCAACAGGGUUUCAAAGAAGCACCAACACCCGGCGGUGCCCAAGCUGGGGGAGAUGAUCAAGGAAAUGAGAUCUCUGAUCAAUCUGCUGCACCGUCAGAUGCAGAGAAUCGAAGCACCAAGGCUGACAAACCCGACACCCUCCCUCCCUCCCCACCUCCCUUAUCACUUUGAUGUCCUGCAGUCCAGCCACGAGCUCCUCCAACACUUUAAGCUCUUCUGCGACUGGGCAUAUAGAGCGUUUCUCAGCCUCAAGCCCAAAGCUGCAGCGGUGCAGUGAUGAUCCACGCAGCAGACGGCUGCAGAGCCAACACAUUCAUCCUCAACCAAACUGAAAACAGGACCAUGUCUGUGUGUGAAAGAGGCCCAGGUGUGAACAUCAGUGCCAUGUGUGUUUGCGUGCGUGUGUGUAUGUGUGUGUGUGUGUGUGUGUGUAUUGAAGAGCCAUAAUCGAUGAGGAUUUAGCCACACUGCAGCACGACCAUCAAGAUUCCCGUUAAAACAAACUGUCACACCACAGUGAUCAUGUCAAGAUUCUCCUGCUUCCCUCCUUAAGGCCUUUCUUUGCAACUAUUGUUAUUUAUGUAUUUAUUUAUUUAUUGAUGGUUAAUAAUUUAUUUAUUUUCUAUUUAUUUGAAGUGCUAAUGUGUCUAUCUCCUUACUAACGUGAAUUUAUUUACUAAUAUUUUAUAAUCUCUCUUUCUUUUAACAGUUUCUUUUCAUCUGUUUCUCAAACAAAAAAAAAUUAACAAAACAAAACAAAAAAAACAAAAAAACAAUAGCACUUUUUUCAACCUACAGCUCUUACUUUUGUUUUGUUUUUUAAACGUUAUAAAUUUUCAUUUGAUUUGUGUAUUUCUUCAGCCAACCCUAUUUCCAGUAGAUGUAGCAUUCGGGAAACCUCUCCCUUACAGUGGCAUUAAAGUAAACAUUUAUGCAGACGAUAGUGUUGUCGCUAAAUAAUGGUAAAUCUACUGCCUAAUAACGU